AUGCUGCUGAUCACUGAAGCUCUUCUUCUCAUUUUAGCUGCUCUAGGACAGGAUCACAGAGAUGCUGUUGAAGGACAAAUAUUUCCACUGGAUAUGGCACUGAAUUCUGUUGAUGAUCAAUAUGAGGGCUGUAGAGAGAAAAUGACACACCUAGUGGAGACAGAAUAUCUAAAUAAAGAAAUAUCUAACUUGCCUGAUUGUAAGAAGACUUGGCAAGAUGGUGAAAGAUAUGCUAGAACACCAGAAGAUAACUUGACAAGGAAUAAUUUAAUUGCCAUUUAUGUGUACACCAACUCAGAUAUAAAUGUUUAUCGUGAUUUCAAUAAUGCUGUUCGUAAUGGUAAACAAAAAUAUGACGACAAGACAUUUACAUGGUAUUCACUUCAAUUUCUGUUAACAGAAGCGAUACAGAUUUUGAACAAAACACAAAAGAAAUGCUAUUCAACUUAUCGUGGUACAAAUGUUACAUUUAAUAAGCAUGUUCUGAACAAAGAGGUUCGCUUUGGCUCAUUUACAUCAUCAUCUCUUGAUCGUACAGUCGCAGAGGGUUUUGGAUCUAAAUCUUGUUUUGAAAUCUACACUUGUGAAGGUGCUGAUCUGAAAAAAUACUCAAAGUUUCCCAAUGAACAAGAGGUGCUGAUUCCUCCAUAUGAGAAGUUUAAAGUCACUGCUGUCAAAACAAGAAGAGAUGAGCCUGAUCUCUGGUGUGACACUGUGUUCACUUUGAAAAGCUCUGGAACAAGAAGUGACCUGAACUGUGCUCUGUUUAAGAAACCAACCAAGACCUUAAAAAAUACUUCAAAAU